CUUAAUUGUAAAGUUAUAAAUGAAACGUUGUUACACCGCUAGCGUACCUCGUACUUAAAAUUGUAUAAUUAUUGCAAAAAUAUGCUUGCAUUUAUGCAAUGAAAUUGUUUUCCUAAACAUAGAAGGCGCAAACACAGCCAAAAUGUCUAAAUUUAAUCAAAACGCAAAAUUAACCGCACAAAACCAGCUUAUACAAUGGAUAAACGAUGCUGGCAUGUCAGAUGGCAAGAAGAAAACGGAUCUCUUAAGGAAGAUUAUAGAGGUUCUAGUGCACCAGCUACCUGAAAUGAUUCCCGUGUACAUGGAAAACAUUCUAAGCUACAUCAAUGACAAAAACACUGAAGUAAAAAAGCAAGUUGUAACUUUCAUAGAGGAAGUAAGCAAGAUCCAACCUGAACACCUCCCCACCAUAGUAGGGAAGCUGCGAAUAUCAAUCAUAGACACAGUAAUUGCAGUGCAGAAGCGAGCCAUCCAGGCAGCCAGUAUUGUGUACCGGAACUCUUUGAUGUGGCUCUGUGAGAGUGACGCGCCAUAUACUGAUAAGGAGCAUGUGUGGGAACAGCUUUCUGCUCUCAAGCUCCUAGUCCUAAACAUGAUAGACAGUGACAACGAGGGUAUCCGUACCCACUCCAUCAAGUUCCUGGAGGAGGUGGUUCUGCUGCAAACGGCUGGAGAGCCUGCUGAAGGGGAGUUCAGUCUGGACAGCCUGCCCGACAGCCUGACUUUUAUCAAGAGGAGGGCUUUGGAAGAGGAGUCAGAACAUAUCUUCACACUGUUGUUAAAGUUCCACAAUUCCCAACACAUCUCUAGCGUCAACCUAAUGGCUUGCAUGACGACUCUGUGUCUCAUAUCCAAGUUCCGACCAAAAUACAUGCCGCGAGUCGUGCAAGCUCUCGGUGACCUGCACACGACGCUGCCUCCGACCCUGUCGCAGUCGCAAGUCAACUCUGUUAGGAAACAUCUCAAGAUGCUGCUAGUUAAUCUAAUAAAACAUCCAUCGUCAAAUGAUAUGUUACCUCAGUUAACCCAGCUUUUAAUAGACAUCGGAAUGACCCAGCAAGAGAUUAACAAAGCGGUUCCUAAAGAGAGAAGGAACAAGCGAUUGGGAGAAAUUAAAACCGCGGACAUCCCUACCAAGAGAAUAAGAAUUGAUUCGCCUCAGAGCAACAGUCAAGGCAGCGACAGUAACAGCCGAAGUGAAUUCAAUUAUGACGAUGACAGCCAAACUAGUUUAUCUAAACAACCAACCGUUACUGAAGACACGUUAUUUGAAGGGCUCGAUAAUGCAGAUAAUGUAGUCAAACUUGUGACGGCUACGCUACUUAAUAAUCUACCAAGUGAAAUGCCUAGUAGUUUUGUAACUUUGUACAAGCCCAUACCAAAUGCAGGCAGCAAAGUUCAGAAGAGAUCUCUCGCUAAAAUGAUACAUAGUCUGAUCAAGGACGAAUCUGCACCUGCACCCGCCCCAGUCCCCGUCCCCGUCCCGGCGCCCGUACCACCUGUCUCUGAAACCAUUAAAAUCCCCUUAUUAAGAGAUGAUGAAGAAAAGAUCACACUCAAGCAAGCAGUAGCCAAACUACAACAGUCUACUAACGCCGACAGAGAAGCAGAGAAGAUCAUGGAAGAAACUAGGCAAGAUUUCCUCAAAGAAGAAGAACGGAAGAACAAGGAAAAAGAAAAGGCGAUACCUCCGCAGACGCCCACAGUUCCUAAGCUAAAACAGAAGGUGAAGCUACUUAAACUGCAAGAGAUCACUCGGCCGAUACCAAAGGAAAUUAAGGAGAGGUUAAUUCUACAAGCGGUCACCAGGAUCCUCAACGCAGAGAAGGAAGCCGCGAUAGGCGGAGCGUCGACUAUACGCGGAAAGUUAAUAACAAUCUUCGCUUCCAGCUACACUCCAGAAAUACGCGAUCUAGUGCUCAAUUACAUUCUAGAAGACCCAUCCAACCGUAUCGACUUAGCUCUGUCAUGGUUGUACGAGGAAUACGCCUUCAUGCAGGGAUUUAGCCGGCACCCUGUGACAUUACAGCCGAAGAUGCACGAGAAACACGAUCAGAAUUACAAUCAGUUGCUGUGUGCGUUGAUAACGCAGGUUUGUGAGCGCGUCGAGCCGGUCGUUGAAGGCGCGAAAGAUAUGUUGCUGAGGAAGAUAUACUUGGAGGCCCCGCUGGUGACCGAGGAGUCGGUGGACUACCUGAAGCACCUGGUGGCGGAGAACACCGUGCCUGUGCUGGCGCUGGAGAUCUUGGAGGAGCUGUGUUUGUACAGGGCGCCCUGGGCGCAUAAAUACGUGGCUGCCCUCGUCUGUAAUGUCAUGAGUCAAAACGAAGAAAUCCGUGACCAAGCACUCAAUGCUACCCUCAAAAUCUACUCCAGCAGCACGGAAGCGGUUAAAAAAGUGGUCGAAAAACACGCGCGUCUGUAUCUCGGGUUCAUCGCGAUGCCGCACCCGCCUAGCGAGUUCGCGGGCGAUCAGGCCCGACACGGGGUACGACCCACGUGGACAGACGACCUGUACAAGAUGUGCCUUAACUUGGCUAUGGCGCUGUUUAUGGAUAAUGAGGAGCUGAUGAUCGAGGUGGGGCGCGUGUACGGCGGCGCGCCGGCGGAGGGCAAGCGCGCCGUGCUGCGCGCCGCCGAGGCGCCCGCGCGCGCCGCCGCCGCCUCCGCGCGCCGCCGCGCCUUCCUCGCGCUGCUCGACGACUGCCCGCGCGGCGCCGACACGCUGCUCACCAGGCUGCUGCAUAUAUUCACUGAGAAAUGCCCGCCCACACAGGAGCUGGUAUCGCGCGUGCGCGCGCUGUACGCGACGCGCGUGUCCGACGUGCGUUUCCUCAUACCAGUGCUCAACGGGCUCUCCAAGAAGGAGAUUAUAGCUGCGUUGCCAAAGUUAAUAAAGCUGAAUCCGAUGGUUGUGAAAGAGGUGUUUAACAAGUUGCUGGGACUGCAGAACCCUAACGAGGAAGUUUUACCAGUCUCACCCGCGGAGUUGCUGAUAGCUCUACACCUGAUCGACCCCGGGGUGGUGGACCUCAAGUACAUCAUCAAAGCCACCGCGCUGUGCUUCGCGGAGAAGCAAGUGUUCACACAGGAGGUGCUAGCAAUAGUACUACAGCAACUAAUCGAAGAGCCCGACAUACCGGUGCUGCUCAUGCGGACAGUGCUGCAGGCGCUCACACUGCACCCUUCGCUGCAGCCGCUCGUGCUCAACAUACUGCAACUGCUGAUUGAGAAGGAGGUGUGGAACAACAAGGUAGCGUGGGAGGGCUGGGUGAAGUGCUGCGAGCGCACGCUGCCGGGCUCGGCCGCCGUGCUGCGCGCGCUGCCCGCGCCGCCCGCCGCGCUCGCCGCGCAGGUGCCGGCGCUGAGGGCCGUGCUGCAGGAACAACAGUACCCGCCAGUGCCUCCACCAGGAAAUCCUCUCGUAAACCCUCUAGUAAACCCACUGGGAAACCCGCUGGGAAAUCCCCUGGAACCGCUCCCCCCCGGGAUGGAAUGACCCCGCCCCUCGACUAGCGACACUGUCAGUGCAACAUGUAUAUAGAUGCUCUAAAGUCAAAAUCCAUACAUAAAUAUUACCAUAUGGAAUUUUGUUGGAUGAUUCGAUAGCUAAACUAAUUAUACUAUUAUGGCCCUUAAUUCAAGGCAGCAGUGGUGAUUUUCCUAAAACAAAUCGGGGCCAAAAGGGCCAUUGGGUAGGUAGUUCACCCUAUGCUCGCCAUGCCAAUUCCAAAAUGAAAUGUACUAGGACUAUGACGAGCACUCGGGCCGGACAUAUUUAUCUUUGAACCUAAUAUGGAAAGGUGCGGGCGCCGUGAUACUAAUAGUAAACGUUUGUGUCUUGCAUAAAUAAUAUAGUCACAAUAUACACAGACAAGUUUUUUUUUUCAGUAUUCUAAAUAUGUAGCAUUUCUUAAGUGACCUGCGUAAUUUGUGGGUGACCCCUGGGCUCGUUUAUAAUAUGAACUGCUGCCGUCGUUAAACAUAUAGUUCUGGCAAAUUUAGUAAUUGUUAAAAUCCGUUAAUAUUCGUUUGUUUUCAUCAAUCAUUUUGUCAUUGUGUUUGUCAGAAUAAGGCCUGAGUUACACUUGUAAGUUUUACUUACGUAAGUAGGGACAAAGCUAUUUGUUAGAAUGAGAUAACGAUAUUCAUCUCUCAUUCUGUAGUAUAGCCGUGUCCCUACUUACGUAAGUAAAACUUACAAGUGUAACUCAGGCCUAAGGGCAAGUUGCACCAACCACAUUUAACGGACUGAUUAACGUCAAUCAACAGUGUAGUAUGAAACUUCACAUACAAUAAAAUUUUGCGAACGCUUUAACGAUGACAAACGGUUUGGUGCAACCGACCCUUAGGUCCAUUUGCACCAUCCCAUUAACCCGGGGUUAAGCGGUUAAACCGUUAACUCAGUGUCAAAUUGUACUGAUAACCAUGGUAACGUCAGGUUUAACCGGUUAACCCCGGAUCAGUAAAAUGGUGCAAGUGCGCCUUAGACACCUAUUUUACUAAACAAUAAUUUUUAGCUUGAUAAAUAAGAGGGAAAAUGAAUAUGAGACCACAGACUGUAGUUUUAAGGUUUGAUUUACCACUUCAGCGUUACACUCUAGUUUUCUUUGUACUUACCAUCAACUCUUACGGGAAAAAACUAUGGAUACAUUAUACCUUCUCUAAAGAUAUAGCGGACUUUUAUAAUAAACACCAGUAACAUAAUCGAGUUUGUGUAUGACAUAAAACAUUCAUUCCUCUCCGCACUCGCUAGUUAGAAUGCUUUAUAUUUGACAUAACCGCGAUUCUGCAAGCUAAAGUAUACCACGCUAAGUUUUCAAGCCAAGUGCCAUGUCAAUAUAACACACAGGUAACAUGGCGUUGCUAUGGUGUUGUCACUGCUAAAUCAGUGCAAACUUAGCCUGGUCGCAGUCUAAGGACGUUGUAUUUUAAUGUAACGUAAGGCGGCAAUACAAAGUUUUUCUAUUUUUAAUUUGAACGUUGUUGUAUAGUAAAUUGGGAUGAAUUUUGAUUGUAUGGAAUUUGGAAUGAUUAUUUUGGUUUAUGCAAGGUUCCAAUGGGGUUGGCAGGUCGAAGUUUUUAGCAGAUGGCGCCAUCAUAGCUUGCCCUGUCAAUCUCUAUAAUUGUCAAUAUUUUGUUUUUUAAUACUCUAGAUGCCAGCCCUUUAAGCCAAAUCUCAUAGAAAAAGGGGCAAUCUAUGAUGGCGCCAUCUAUGCAAACCUUUGACAGUUGCCAACCCCAUUAGAUUGAAACGGAGUAUACGUUGUAAAUUUGUAAUGCACAUUAGGGGGCCCUUGCGAGAUAAAUAGCUCUGAGAUGUUUAACGGUUUACAAUUUUAAACCUCACGAAACCCUUUUUCUCAUGACCCUUAAUAUUGUUAAAUGUUUCAGUAAAGGAUUAUGUUUUUCUACAAACUUAAUUGGAAUAAAUAAUUGUUUGUAAAUAUUUAUAAAUAAAAUGUAUUUUGCAA